AUGCAUCCGAUAUACUUCUCCUUCCUCAUCCUGAUCGAACCCUGCUCUUCGACGAGACACUCCUGGUUCCACGACAAGUUCAAGAGUAUCGAGAAUGAUAACCAGUUAUCGAAGCGGGAGAUCGACAACUUGGGGCUGGUGUUGAAUUUUAUUCGCCAAUCCCCCGAGUUUCAACCCCUCGCCAUCUCCGUCAUAUUGACGAAAUUUCAAUCGGGCCCGAUCGACGCUGUUCUCCGAUACGUCAGGGAGAACUCGAUCCAAACUUACAAAGUGAGCCACGCGGCGAGAGAUCGUCCCCUUAAAUCCUUCCUUCGUCGGAAGAACGACGUGGAAGGAAUCACUUGGUUGUUCACGAUCGACCGUUUCGACGUGAUAUUCGUCUAUUGGGAGUGGCACGUGUGGAACUCGAACAAUCAAUACUUGAUCGUGUUCACGGAGAGAUCGCAGGUAGGAGGGAUCGUGGUUUGGAGGGACGUUUUCAGAACGUUGUGGAAACGGUAUCACGCGUACAGGGUGAUAGUGAUCCGGGCAGACGACGAUUUUCGUUGCAUGCUCAGGUACAAACCUUUCGAGAGGUACGGCGAGGAUGAGUACGGCGUCGUGUACGAAACUUGUUUGGGCGAGGGUUCGAAGGUUGAAGGAGAUGGGAGGAGGCUGUUCGAGAAUUUUCAAAAUUUGAAUCAUUAUCCCGUGAACGUGUCCGUGUUCGAAUCGUUGCUUAUGAGAAUCUCGUACGAUCGGGGGAACAGGUUGAAGCUGGAUAAAAUAGACGCGAAGGCGUUGUUCGUCCUCGAGAAGGCUAUGCGCGCGAGUUUCAACAUAAAAGCUGUGAGGAAGAGGAACAUCAAACGGGACCCGUACUCGUUCCUGAUCAACGAUAUAGAGCGUGGAAUAACCGACAUGUGCAUCACGGGAUUUUUCGUCAAGACUUACGGCCGUUUCCAAAAGUUUCAAUUCACACCUUCGUUGUACGAGGACAAGAUAUGCUUCGUGAUGACCAAUUACGGCUUCAUACCAAAUAUGUACGUCUUCUUCUUCCCUUUUCGAGCUCGCUUGUGGCUCGUAUUGAUAACCUACAACGUCGUGAUCACGUUGCUGUGGAGGCUGGUAAGGCAUCUCAGCUCGUUGUUCCGACGUCGGCCGACUUCCUCGAACGAUCAUCGUGUUAACGGGAACAGAGCCAAGGGUGUGAAUCGUGAGGAAUCCGUUAAACCGCCGGAAAUUCCUCGGAUAGUGGAGAAAUUCUUCACUUUCUUCGAGUAUCUUUGCUAUCCCAUACGAGACAGUAAAUACGCGGCGGAAAGAGCACUGUUGACCGGAAUACUUUUCUUCAAUCUGAUCAUAAGCGGUUUGUAUCAAAGUUUCCUGGUCUCGAGUUUGAACAAACCUUUCCACUAUUACCAGUAUCACACCGUGGACGAGGUGGUGAGAUCCGGGAAGACGAUGAUCACCAAGUACGAGAACUUGAAGCAAGCGUUCGUUGGCUCUGACCUGUGGGAGAAGAUCCAAGUGAUCGAGUUUCAACGAUCGACGAAGAAUAUCGUGUUGACCGAGGACAAGAUCUCUAUGACCAGAUUGUACAAUAUGCAGCUAUUACCUCAUAGACACGAUCGUGGAAAAUCUUCGUUGUACAUGGUCGACGAGUGCGCGAUGACUUAUAGAAUUUCUUACAUUUUAAAGUUGCACUCGCCCUACGCUGAAAGGGUUAAUUUCGUGUUGUUGAGAAUGGCGGAGGCUGGGUUGCCCGAGCAUUGGAUAGACGAGAUGAGGUAUUUCGUCACGUUGUACAACAGGGGAGAGAUGGAGGAUUUCGUGAAUAUACACAAGUUGUCCCUCGGCUAUUACGUCUUGGCCUUUUUAUUGCUGUUCGUCGGUCUGCUUUUAUCCACCUUGAUAUUCUUCUGCGAAUUACAAGCCGCGAAACAAAAUAGAAAGAGACGUUAGAGAUGGAAAUGGAUGGGAGGUAUAGAGAGAGUUUAUGUUAUUUUAUAUCCUUCCUUCCUUUUUUUUUUCCUUCUCUUUUUUUUCUUUUAGCGGGAAAUUUAAAUUGAGAAAUCACCGGCAAUUUUAAACGCGUCGCCCAACAAAGAAGUUUUAUCGUUGUAACGUUUUCUUGGAAAUUUUUCCACGCCAAUUUAUUCGAACUUUGUUUCCAACUUUUAAUUCUUUUUCAUGGACGACGAGAGAAAGAAUUUUUUAAUAUUCUUUUCGUCUCCUUCCUUCCGUUUGUUCUCCCUUAACACGCCUCUUUGGUUUAUUUCA